AUGCGCGGGACGGCGCGCGACGGCGGCGGCGGCGGCGCGGGCCUGCGCGUCGCGGGAGGCGCGGUGCGGAAGAAGAGCCACGGCGGCGCGGAGGAUCGGUCGGCGUACCAGGGAAUACAGUUCCUGAAGUCGUUCGGGCAGCACAUCCUGAAGAAUCCAGCCAUCGUGAACGCGAUCGUGGACAAGGCGGGGGUGAAGAGCACGGACGUGGUGCUGGAGAUUGGGCCGGGGACGGGGAACCUGACGACGAAGCUGUUGGACGCGUGCAAGAAGGUGAUCGCGGUGGAGUUCGAUCCGCGCAUGGUGUUGGAGCUGCGACGACGCGUGCAGAGCGAUCCGGCGCAGAACUCGAGGCUGGAGAUCAUUCAGGGAGAUUUCUUAAAGGUGGAUUUGCCGUACUUCGACGUGUGCGUGGCGAACGUGCCGUAUCAAAUUUCUUCGCCUUUGAUUUUUAAACUCUUGGCGCACAGACCGAUGUUUCGAAGCGCGACGCUGAUGUUUCAGAGGGAGUUCGCGAUGCGCUUGGUCGCGCCCCCGGGAGACGCGCUGUAUUGUCGGUUGAGCGUCAACACGCAGCUCUUGGCGCGGACGCAGCACAUUUUAAAAGUCGGCAAGAAUAACUUCCGGCCGCCGCCAAAGGUGGACUCGUCCGUCGUGAGAAUCGAACCGAGGCAUCCGCAGAUUCCGGUGAAUUUUAAGGAGUGGGACGGCCUGGUGCGGUUCUGUUUCGGGCGUAAAAACAAAACUCUUGGAGGCAUUUUCAGGACGAAAAACGUGCUGGAACUGCUGACGAAUAACUUUCGCACGUACAAGGCGUUGCAAGUCGUGCCGGACAAGAAACAGCUCAUCGAGGACGUGCUCGCCACGGAUGGAUUCGGGGAGAUGCGCUCGAGCAAGAUGAGUCAAGACGAUUUUUUGCGUCUGCUCGCCGUAUUCAACUCCAAGGGUAUUCACUUCGCGUAG